UUGCGAAAAUGGCGAAUUUCAAAGCAAGUUGCAGAGAUCCAACGGCUCAGAAUCCUCCAAAUGUCUCGAGCUCAGGAAGUGGUGGGGUUUGUAUGAUGAGGAACACAUGGAGAGAUGAACAGCACCCAUCAUUCAUCAACUUCAUCUCCUCCUUCCUCAAAGCAAAUUCUUUCCGUCUUAACUUCGUCCCGAUUGCCCCUGAUUUCAUUUUCAACUGCGGUGGUUUAUCAGUGGCCAUUGUUUUUGUUACAAACUGGGACGGUAACAACUACUUGCCAACCUUUAGCAGGGUAAAGAAACUAAAGGAGCAAUUUGCACAUCUCUACAUUGUCGUCACGCUUCCAACCAGGGAGCAAAAUGAUUCUUUUGUGCACUCUUCCUUCAAGCUUUGGAAUGGAGCUUGGAAGGCCUACAUUUGUGCCAGUUCAAGACAUAGAGAUGGGCUUUGA